CGCCCGUAAUUAAGUGAUCUUAGCCAUGGCCUGCCCCACAAUCUUUUACCAACUGUUCUUCCUCCUAAUUCUACUCAUCUUUCUGCUUUCUUUUCAUGUCCCUUCUGCUUUUGCUGCUAUUGAAAGUGAAACAAAUGCCCUUCUGACAUGGAAAGCCACUCUUGAUGAUCAAAGCCAAUCUUUUUUAUCUUCUUGGACUGCAAAAACCAAUUCUUGCAAUUCUUGGUUUGGUAUUCACUGUGAUGAAGCAGGAAGUGUAACCAAUAUAAGCCUUAGAGAUACUGGUUUAAAAGGUACGCUUCAAAGUCUAAGCUUCUCUUCAUUUCCUAAUCUUCUUCAUCUUAAUGUCAGUAACAACUCAUUCCAUGGGAAUAUUCCUUCUCAGAUUGGCAAUCUUUCCAGAGUAAAUAUUCUUGAUUUUUCUCUUAAUCAGAUUUCUGGUUCUAUUCCUAAAGAAAUUGGGAUGUUAGGGUCUCUUACUUAUAUCGAUUUAUCAAAUAAUCCUUUCACUGGUACAAUCCCAACUUCUAUUACAAACUUGACAAAUUUGCCUGUUCUUUAUAUUCAUGAGACUGAAAUUUCGGGAUAUAUACCUCAAGAAAUUGGUUUAAUGAAAUCCCUUAUUCAGGUUGAUUUAUCAGUAAAUAGUUUAAGUGGUAAAAUUCCAACUUCUAUGGGAAACUUGACCAAUCUGUCUGAACUCUAUUUUAAUGGCAACCAACUUUCUGGUUCUAUACCUCAAGAAAUUGGGAUGAUGAAUUCUCUUACUGUACUUGCGUUGUCAAAUAAUAGUCUUUCUGGUUCAAUCCCAACUUCUAUAGGAAACUUGACAAAUUUAAUCUCUCUUUAUCUUUCUGAUAACCAACUUUCACAUCCCAUACCUCGACAAUUCGGGCAGUUGACACAACUAAGUUCAAUAUUUCUUGCAAAUAAUCAAUUUUCUGGUAAUCUACCAUCAGAAAUGAAUAACUUCACCUUUUUGGAAGUUUUCAUUGUGUAUAACAAUAGUUUUAGUGGUCAUUUACCAGAAGAUAUAUGUAGUGGUGGGUUGAUUAAGGCUUUUGCAAUUACUGGAAAUAAUUUUAGUGGGCCUAUCCCAAGAAGCUUUAAAAACUGUACCAGUUUAGUCAGGCUUCGUAUUGAGGAAAACCAACUAACAGGAAAUAUAUCUGAAGUUUUUGGAGUGUAUCCGAAUUUGAAAUAUAUGGAUUUAAGCGGCAACAAAAUUUUUGGCGAGCUUUUGUGGAAAUGGGAAGAUUUUAGCAGCUUGUUAGCACUGAAAAUCUCGAAGAAUAAUCUUUCUGGCUUCAUACCAUCUGCAAUAGGAAAUGCACCAUUAUUGCAAUGGCUUGACCUCUCAAUGAAUCGUCUUGUGGGGACAAUUCCAAAGGAAUUGAACAAGUUAAAGUUGUUAGAGCUUUCUCUUCAGGAUAACAAUAUUUCAGGUGAAAUACCUGAAGAAAUUGGAAUGUUAUCUGAUCUUGAAACUCUUAGUCUGGCAGCAAACAAUUUGAGUGGAGCAAUUCCUAAACAGAUUGAAGAUUGCUCAAAACUAUUGUUCUUGAAUCUUAGCAAGAACAGUUUGACAAGGAGUAUUCCUUUGGAGAUUGGGAAGUUACAUUCUCUGGAAAGUCUUGACCUUAGUCAAAAUUUAUUAACAGGAAAGAUACCACCGCAACUUGGUGAGUUGGAAAGAUUGGAGACAUUGAAUCUCUCUCGCAAUAUGCUUUCAGGCUCAAUUCCAACUAGUUUUGAUGAUUUAUCAGGCUUAACAAUGGUGGAUAUAUCCUACAAUGAGUUAGAAGGUCCAAUUCCACACAUUAAACCCUUUCAGGAGGCUUCAUUUGAAGCUCUUCGAAACAAUAGCGACCUGUGUGGCGAGAACUCUAGACUAAAGGCUUGUGCUUCUCCUGCAAUUAACAAUGCUAAUAGAAAAAAGGGCAGUAAAGCUAAUAGUUUAAUUAUUGCUCCAGUUGUUGGCGUUACAGUUCUAAUUAUUCUCUUUGUCGGAGGAUUCUUAGUUCUUCGCGGAAGAAUCAAAGGCAGAAAAUUUGAUUUGGAGAAAGAUGAACCAAAUUGUGGAGGUACUUGUGCAAUAUGGAGUAAUGAUAAGGACCUUCAAUAUGAAAAUAUUGUUAAUGCUACCAACAUGUUCGACUCUGAAUAUUGCAUUGGGACUGGAGGUUAUGGAAUUGUCUACAAAGCUGUUUUGCCAACAAAUCGAGUUGUUGCCGUGAAAAAACUUCACCAAUCACAAAAUGGAGAAAUGAUUGAUUUCAAAGCAUUUACAAGUGAGAUUACUGUGUUGAUGAACAUUCGCCAUCGAAACAUUGUCAAGUUAUAUGGUUUUUGUUCGCAUGCCCAACAUUCAUUUUUGGUUUAUGAAUUUAUUGAAAGAGGAAGUUUGAGAAAUGUCUUAACCCAUGACGAACAAGCAGUGGAAUUAGGUUGGUUUAAGAGGAUAAAUGUCAUUAAAGGAAUAGCUAAUGCAUUGGCUUAUAUGCACCAUGAUUGCUCUCCUCCGAUUAUACAUCGAGACAUCUCUAGUAACAAUGUUCUAUUGGAUUUAGAUUUUGAGGCUCAUGUCUCUGAUUUUGGAACAGCUAGGCAUUUGAUGCCUGAUUCGUCGAAUUGGACUUCAUUGGCAGGUACAUUUGGAUAUACAGCUCCAGAGCUAGCUUAUACAAUGGCUGUCAAUGAAAAAUGCGAUGUCUAUAGCUUCGGCGUAGUGACACUGGAAAUAAUAAUGGGAAGACAUCCAGGCGAUUUCAUUUCAUCAUCAUCAUUGUCAUGGCCAAUUGACAAGCAUACUCUAUUUGGCAGUGUGAUUGACCAACGCCUCCCAACUCCUCAAAAUAGAGCUUCUGAUGCAUUGAUGCAUACUAUAAAACUCGCAUUUGCUUGCUUGAUCACCAAUCCUCAAUUUCGACCAACCAUGAGGGAAGUUUCUUCACAGCUGAAUUGAAAAAGCUCUUCUCUACUUGUUAAUUUGUUUAUAUUGCUGUCCGUUUGAAAUUUCUUGUUUGCUUUCUUUUUAGCAAAAUCUCAUGUAAUUAAUUUGUUAGUAUCUCCAAUAUGUCAACUUCAAAUUUGGUAUCCAACUUUCAUAUGCUCUUUGUACAUCAUUGUGAAUGUACAACCAUACCAUUGCCAAUUUCUCUACAUUGGACUUAUUUAUUUAAUAAAUGCCUACUGUACAUUCAUUUCA